UGCGCAGCGGCGCUUCAAGCCAGAAGUGCAGGACCCGAGCGAGCGGAAGGAGACGGGAGAGAUGAGCUGAGAUUGAAGCAGGAAACCUCCGUCAGUUCAGAUCCGCUCACCGGCUGUAAACUCCGGGUUCAAACCGCUGCUUCCCUCCAGCGAACAGAAGAGACGCGAUAACGGGAUUUCGGCUCGGAGUUAUUAGAAGUUUCCGCGCGGAGUUUGUGAGGAGUAAUUUGUGUUUUGUUUUUCCUCCAGGGGGUGUGGGCUGUGUGGUUCCCACCUGUCCCUCGCCCUCCCUCCCUCCUUCCCUCCCUCUCCGGCUCUUCCAGCUGUUGGGAAUCAUGGCGCUCCGAGCCAAAGCGCUGUACGACUUCAACUCCGAGAACCAAGGCGAGCUGUCGGUGAGGGAGAACGAGAUCCUGACUUUGUACAGCGAGCACGACAUCGAGGGCUGGCUGGAGGGGACGAACAGCAGAGGGGACCGGGGGCUGGUCCCGGCUUCUUAUGUGGAGAUACUGAAGAACGACGCUCCCGCCGCGAUUAACAACAACACCGGAAGCACAUCUGGGGAGUCCAGGUACGCCAACGUCCCGAGCGGGGGCUUCGAAAACUUUUCCAAACCAUCUCCCCCCAGUUCCAGCACCAUCUCAGCCCCCCUGCAGCAGCAGGACUACAGGCAGCACAGUCAGGGCAGUGAUGAGGACUGGGACGAUGACUGGGAYGACAGCUCCACAGUGGCAGAUGAGCCACACUCAGUGGGAGGGAAGUACAACGACUACGAAGGCAAUGGACCCUCCACCUACAGGGUGUCGACGUCCGCGGGGCCAAGAGGCAACGCUCAGCAGGCCAGGAGCUCUGCCACAGUGGGCAGGAACCUGAAYAGGUUCUCCACCUUCGUGAAGUCGGGAGGCGAGGCGUUUGUGCUCGGCGAGGCGUCGGGCUUCGUGAAAGAUGGGGAUAAGAUCUGCGUGGUGAUGGGCCAGUACGGUCCAGAGUGGCAGGAGAACCCCUACCCCUUCAGCUGCACGAUCGACGACCCCACGAAGCAGACCAAGUUCAAGGGCAUGAAGAGCUACAUUUCCUAUAAGCUGACCCCCUCGCACACGCAGACCCAGGUGAACAGGAGGUACAAGCACUUCGACUGGCUGUACGCCCGCCUGGCGGAGAAGUUCCCCGUCAUCUCGGUGCCGCACCUGCCGGAGAAGCAGGCCACGGGCCGCUUCGAGGAGGACUUCAUCUCCAAGAGGAGGAAAGGCCUGAUCUGGUGGAUGAACCACAUGACCAGCCACCCCGUCCUGGCCAGGUGCGACGUCUUCCAGCACUUCCUCACCUGCAGCAGCACCGACGAGAAGGCCUGGAAGCAGGGCAAGAGGAAGGCGGAGAAGGACGAGAUGGUUGGAGCCAACUUCUUCCUCACCAUCAGCACCCCUCCCAACCCGCUGGACUUCCAGGAGGUCGAGAGCAAAAUCGACGGGUUCAAGACGUUCACCAAGCGGAUGGACGACAGCUCCUUGCAGCUCAACGCCACUGCCAACGAGUUUGCCCGUAAACAGAUCAGUGGCUUUAAGAAGGAGUAUCAAAAAGUGGGGAUGUCGUUUAAGUCCCUGAGCCAGGCUUUUGAAAUGGACCAGCAGGUGUACUCCUCCGGACUCAACCAGGCCAUCUCCUUCACUGGGGAUGCGUACGAAGCAAUUGGAGAAUAUUUUGCCGAGCAGCCYAGCAAGGAUCUAGACCCAGUUAUGGAUCUCUUAGCUCUUUACCAAGGGCACCUGGCAAACUUUCCAGACAUCAUUCAUGUCCAAAAAGGAGCCCUGACAAAGGUGAAGGAGAGCCAGAAGCAYGUGGAGGAAGGCAAGAUGGACCGGUCGCAGGCAGAGGGCAUCAACGACCGCUGCAACAUCAUCUCCUGCGCCACGCUGGCUGAGAUCCAGCAUUUCCAUCAGAUCCGGGUGCGGGACUUCAAGGCCCAGAUGCAGAGCUAUCUCCAAGAGCAGAUCUCUUUCUUCCAAAAGAUCACGGGCAAGCUGGAAGAGGCUCUGCGGAAAUAUGACGACGCGUAGUGGACGGCUCGUUUUAGCCCGUCGGUUUGAGUCCCCGAUGAUGAAUGACUGUGCGCCUCCCACGACCGGUCAGCCGCUGCUACACCUGCCAGUACCGCACACUGCCGAGUGCUGCUAAACCAGCAGAGGGGGGCUCUCUAAGGAGAGGACACUUAAUUAAAUAAUGUGUUUAUUUGUUUGAACCCUGGCUGUCAUUUCUGUUUGACCACAUUUCUGGUUUGACGCCCUUGUUUACAAAAAGACAUUCGGGCCAACUUUUAACACGAAUAAAAAUUCUCACCGUCUCAGACAUAAAGAUGUCAAUAAUGAUGCUUCACCACUUGGGUGGGGGCGCACGGACGAAAUAAAUGUUACCAUGUAGGGAGGAAAUCCUUCAUUCACCUCUGCCUUCACAUCUGGUGCAAAGUUUUAUUACAAGGAGUGUUUUUAAAGCCUUACACACUCUUUUUAAACGGUGGAUAAAAAGACCACCACUCCGGGAGCAGAGAAACUUUUGUGGGGCCUAACACAGCRCCUUGUGGAAACACUCCUCCAGGACAAAACCUUCAAGGACAAACAGGACAGAUUGUUUACUGAGCAGCCUCUGUGUUGCUGUGCCUUUCUGCUCAUUUUUGGUAAUAUUAUAGAAAGAUGAUGUAUUUGUUUUUUUUUUGUUGUUUUUUUACAAAGCUACAAUUCAAUCACUGCGUCGAACGAGAGCAGUGUGUUCUCUGGAGAAUCGUUUGAUCCAAUUGUGGCUCCUGGAUUGAUCUUUAAAACGUUUUUGGGGCGGCAGCACCAGAAUCAGGGAUUACCUGCUUUGACAAUUACAAUCCACGCUUCACUCCCCAAUGCACAGACAGCACUAAUGCUGAUUUAGGCACGCAGAAUCCAAGAGACACUUAAUUAUCACUUUCUACAGUUAGAUCUGAAUUUAUUGGCAGAAUGUUGGCUUUGAGGCUCGAGGCUUCUCACCGGGUCCUUCUGAACUGUACUGAUGUUUUUAACCGUUACGAUGCCGUUGCAAUGGAAAAAUUUAUUGUAGAAGAAGAGAUGCAAAUUAAAUUCAUCCUCCGUAACAAA